CAGCUACUGACUCUUCGUCAACUAAUGUUGAUAAGAGUAUGAGUACAUGAAGAACAAACUUGCAGAGUAUUAUCUAUACUAACAAUCAUAUCCUCCACUCACACCCUGUAGAAUAAACCAUUCAAAGUUCUACCACUAUCAUAUUAUGCUCUACUAAAAAGGACUUUGAAUACAAUUUUCUUCCCUCUACCGUAGACUUAUAACUUCAAUUGAUUUAAUUUCCAUUUUGAAAAACUUUAUCUUGAAUAUUUGAUUCUCAUAGAUUUACAUCUUAUAUCCAAAUUGGUUAAGCUAAUAGGGAAAGGCAACGAAAUCAUUCAAGCAAAAUUUGAACAAGAAAUAUAUGACAAUGGUAUUGAUAUAGUUAAUCGUACAAGUGCUACAGCAGUCAAAGAAUCUAAAGCUUAUAUUGAAGCAAUUAUUGGCGUUUAUGUGAGAUUUUUUAAAUUUGUCGACAAAGCAGUUAAUCGUGAACAGGGUUAUAUGAUUGCUCUUGACAGAGCUUGUAGUAAAAUUAUUAAUGAUAAUGUCAUAGUACAAGAAGGUCAAAGACUAACAAAAUCAUCUGAAUUAUUAGCUCGUUAUUGUGAUUUAAUUUUACGUAAAAGAAAUAAAAUUGAACACAAUGAGAUUGAAGAAAAAAUCAAUCAAAUCAUGGUAUUAUUUCCUAUUUAA